AUGGCAUCUUUCAUGAAUUUACCCACCGAACUGCGUCUGGUUAUUAUCCGGCACACUCUCCAACAUCGACGAGAGUCACCACCAACCCCCUCAACAUCAAACCGGGUCUAUAUCGAAGAUUUCAAACCUAUAGCCAAGAGGUGGCAGCUAGGUGGAUGCGGAGUGGACUACGAAGAAAGCCACAACCAUUGCCCAACCAACUGUUUACCACUUCUCUUGACAAAUCGGCAAAUCUCCGCGGAGACCAAAUCGGUCCUCAGUCACAUGGAAACAGACUACGUCCUCGACAUAUCUGUUCUUAACGAUAUCUAUCUGUUCCCAACUUGGAUCACCGUUCCCCGCCUCUCGCACCGUGUAAACCAUUUGCGCGCGGAGGUGCGACUUUUCGGACAUAUCAUCACCAACAAAGCCGCGCGAAGGCAAAUGGGAGAUGGCGGACGUAAUGGAAUCCAUUUUGCCUUUCAUCAAAUCCUGCAAAGAUUCCUAACGUAUGGUCCCGUCGGCGAGAAGAAGGGCCGGGAUAAUAACGGAUACGAAAACAAAAAUAUUUCAGUCCGGGUUCUCGAGCUGGAUUUCACCUCUGCCGAGGAAGCAUUUCCAUUCCCACCGGAGGAAUUUGACUGGAGGGACUAUAACAGACAGCUUAUCGGUCAUGGCAAACUUGAAGGAUACAAACCUCGGCCCGAAUGGAUGGCUCGAUGGAUUUGCAACUGGAUUUGUAGGAUUCUCGCCUUGGAUUCCUAUGGAAUUAUAUAUGGAAGCAUGAUAUAUGAGAAUGUGGGGACAUUAAGGGUCUUGGCUGAUGGGAUUCUAAUAAAGGAACUUGACCUUUCACAUUGUCCCGAUGGCGCUGUGGCUAAGAGGGAAGAGUUGGGAUUCCCAGUUAUGAGACCCAAGCUAGGAGACCAAGAAUCACAGAAUGAGUGA